GUUGAGCGUGGACGUAUUACCCACUGUAUCGACGGUAGCUCACGGAUUGUGGAUGCUAGCCUUCAAGCUAAACUGAAGCCAUGCAAGCGGCACAGUUUCAGUACGACUUCUUCAGCGAAGAGAACGCACCGAAAUGGCGGGGACUGCUGGUACCUUCCCUGAACAAGGUGCUCAACCAGGUACAUCCGAAGCUGUCGUCUCAGGAAGAGGCUCUGCAGUACAUCGAGGAGCUGAUUCUACUGCUGCUCAGCAUGCUGUGUCAGGCUCAGCCUCGCACCGUGCAGGAUGUGGCAGAACGGGUACAGAAGAGUUUUCCCCACCCCAUUGAUAAAUGGGCUAUUGCUGAUGCUCAGGCAGCCAUAGAGAAGAGGAAGAGGAGGAAUCCUUUGGCUUUGCCCGUGGAUAAGAUCCACCCUCUCCUGAAGGAGGUCCUAGGGUACAAGAUAGACCAUCAGGUGUCUGUGUAUAUAGUGGCAGUGCUGGAAUACAUCUCUGCAGACAUCCUGAAACUGGCUGGUAACUACGUCCGAAACAUCAGGCACUAUGAAAUCUCUCAACAGGACAUCACUGUGGCCAUGUGUGCUGACAAGGUGCUGAUGGACAUGUUUCAUCAGGAUGAGGAGGACAUAAGCGUUUUUCCCGCCAUGGAUGAGGAGUCCUUGGCAUCUGAGGAACAGACAUACUAUGACCUAGUCAAGGCUUUUAUGGCAGAGGUUCGACAAUACCUACGAGACCUCAACCUCAUCAUCAAAGUGUUCCGCGAGCCCUUUGCCUCCAAUGCCAUGCUCUUCUCCCACCAUGAUGUGGAGAAUAUCUUCAGUCGAAUAGAUGACAUCCAUGAGGUAACUCUGAAAUUACUUGGAUUGAUAGAGGACACUGUGGAGAUGACAGAUGAGGGCAGUCCACACCCCUUGGUGGGAAGCUGCUUUGAGGACCUUGCUGAGGAGCUGGCCUUUGACCCUUACGAGACGUACGCUCAGGACAUCCUGCGGUCUGGCUUCCACGACCACUUCCUGAGCCAGCUCUCCAAACCAGGAGCCGCCAUCUACCUCCAGUCAAUAUGUGAGGGCUUUAAAGAGGCUGUGCAGUAUGUCUUACCACGACUGCUCCUCACCCCUGUGUACCACUGUCUUCACCACUUUGAAAUUUUAAAGCAACUGGAGGAGAAGAGUGAGGAUGAGGAGGAUAAGGAGUGUCUGAAGCAGGCGAUCACGGCAUUGCUCAACCUCCAGAGCAGUAUGGAAAGGAUUUGCUCCAAAAGCCUAGCCAAGAGGAGGCUCAGCGAGUCGGCCUGCCGCUUCUACAGCCAGCAGAUGAAGGGCAAGCACCUGGCCAUCAAGAAGAUGAACGAGAUCCAGAAGAACAUAGACGGCUGGGAGGGCAAGGACAUCGGGCAGUGCUGCAACGAGUUCAUCAUGGAGGGCACGUUGACACGCGUCGGCGCCAAACACGAGCGGCACAUCUUCCUAUUCGACGGCCUGAUGAUCUGCUGCAAGUCCAAUCACGGCCAGCCACGCCUGCCGGGGGCUAGCGCCGCAGAGUACAGACUCAAGGAAAAGUUCUUCAUGCGCAAGGUUCAGAUAAACGACAAAGACGAUAAGGAGGGCGAAUAUCGUCAUGCCUUUGAAAUCAUCCUCAAGGAUGGAAACAGCGUGGUGUUUGCUGCCAAGUCGGCCGAGGAGAAGAACAAUUGGAUGGCGGCAUUGAUCUCACUGCAGUAUCGCUCCACUUUGGAACGCAUGCUGGACUCGGCCAUGCUGCAGGAGGAGAAGGAGGAGCAGAUGCGUCUGCCCUGCGCAGACGUCUACCGUUUCGCCGAGCCAGACUCUGAAGAGAACGUGGUGUUUGAGGAAAACGUGCAAUCCAAGUCUGGAAUUCCCAUCAUUAAGGCUGGGACUGUGCUGAAACUCAUCGAAAGGCUUACCUUCCAUAUGUAUGCAGAUCCAAAUUUUGUCAGGACCUUCCUCACCACCUACAGGUCUUUCUGCAAACCCCAGGAGCUCUUGGACCUGUUGAUUGAAAGAUUUGAUAUUCCAGAGCCUAAACCCACCGAGGCAGAUCAAAUGGCUAUGGAGAAUGGAGACCAACCCCUCAGUGCAGAACUCAAGCGCUUCAGAAAGGAAUUUGUCCAGCCUGUACAGCUUAGGGUGUUGAAUGUAUGUAGGCACUGGGUGGAACACCACUUCUAUGACUUUGAGAGAGAUGCACAGCUGCUCCGGCGACUGGAGGAGUUCAUUGGCAUGGUCCGAGGUAAAGCCAUGAGAAAAUGGGUAGAAUCCAUCACUAAGAUCAUACAAAGGAAGAAACAGGCGCAAGCCAAUGGCCCAAGCCACAACAUCACCUUUGAGAGCUCUCCACCCCCUAUAGAGUGGCACAUCAGCAAGCCCGGCCAGAUCGACCAGUUCGACCUUAUGACCCUUCACCCCAUCGAGAUUGCUCGACAGCUUACACUUCUGGAGUCCGAUUUAUACAGGGCGGUCCAGCCAUCAGAGUUGGUGGGCAGUGUUUGGACAAAAGAGGACAAAGAGCUGAACUCUCCCAACCUGCUUCGAAUGAUCCGCCACACUACCAACCUCACCCUCUGGUUCGAAAAGUGCAUUGUGGAAACAGAGAACCUGGAGGAAAGAGCAGCAGUGGUAGCACGUAUUAUUGAGAUCCUGCAGGUCUUUCAGGAGCUCAACAACUUUAACGGUGUCCUAGAGGUGGUCAGCGCUAUGAAUUCUUCCCCUGUGUACAGACUGGACCACACCUUUGAGCAAAUUCCAAGCAGACAGAAGAAGAUCCUGGAGGAGGCACAUGAGCUCAGUGAGGACCAUUACAAGAAGUAUCUGGCCAAACUCAGAUCCAUCAAUCCCCCUUGUGUGCCCUUCUUUGGGAUAUACUUAACAAAUAUUCUUAAAACGGAGGAAGGAAACCCCGACUUUUUGAAGAGACACGGCAAGGAACUGAUUAACUUCAGCAAGAGGCGAAAAGUGGCAGAGAUCACAGGGGAGAUCCAGCAGUACCAGAACCAGCCGUACUGCCUACGGGUGGAGAACGACAUUCGGAAGUUCUUUGAAAACCUAAAUCCCAUGGAGGAUAUGAUGGAGAAGGAGUUUGCCGACUACUUAUUCAACAAGUCUCUGGAAAUAGAGCCCCGUAACGCUAGAUCGUUGCCUCGAUUUCCUAAGAAGUACAGCUGCCCGCUCAAGUCCCCGGGCGUCCGACCAUCUUCGGUGCGACCGGGCACCAUGCGUCACCCGACCCCCCUGCAAAACGAACCGCGCAAGAUCAGCUACAGCCGCAUUCCCGACAGCGAGACGGAGAGCGCCGCCUCCGCCCCCAAUUCACCGCGCACGCCCCUCACCCCACCCCCCGCCUCCGCUGCUUCCAGCUCCACUGACAUCUGCAGUGUGUUUGACUCACCUCAGGGCCCCUCCAGUCCCUUCCACUCCAACAGCGACACCAUUUUUGCACCGGUUACUCUGCCUCAUGGCCCACGAUCCUCUUCGGUGUCAUCCAUGAUGAGUUUCCACAGGAGUGCUGAAGAUGCCCCUGUACCACCCCCUGUACCCCCUCGCAGACGCCCUGAAUCAGCUCCUGCUGAGUCCUCACCUUCUAAGAUGAUGUCAAAGCACUUGGACAGCCCCCCGGCCAUUCCACCUCGGCAACCGACCACCAAGGUCUACUCACCGCGCUACUCUCUAUCAGACCGCACCUCAGUGUCAGAUCCUCCAGACAGCCCUCCUACUCUUCCCCCGCGGGAGCCCGUGAGAACGCCGGACGUCUUCUCCAGCUCUCCCCUGCACCUGCAACCGCCCCCCCAGGGUCGCCGAAGUGAAUUGAGCCAGACCUUCUUCCCCCCUUCACCCUUCAGCCCGCUCCCCCCUCAGACACCCUCCCCGCUCGGGCCUCGUAAGCAUCUGCCCUCCCCUCCGCUGCCUCUGGACUGUGAGCCACUGUCGGGGGCCACCGGCCCCCCGGUUCCACCCCGGCAGAGCACUUCCCAAACUAUCCCCAAACUGCCCCCUAAAACCUAUAAAAGGGAGCCGGCACACCCCUCCAUGCAACAAGACGGCCCACCACUCCUGGAGAACGCCAACCCUUCCUAAUGGUUUUGAAGAGCGUGGAGCAGAGUGGAGUGAUCUAACACUAAACUCGACAAAACAAGAACAAUGAUAUGACAAAAUGACAAAU